AUGUUGAAUGACACCUGGACACAAAGCCUCUCCCAAAUCCUGGGCUGGGCCUAUUUCGUCCUGUGGUCGCUGUCCUUCUACCCACAACUCCUUCAUAAUCACCGUCGCCGCUCGACGGAGGGCUUCUCCGUCGACUUUGCCCUGCUCAACCUCCUCGGAUUAACCGCAUACACCGUUUUCAACGCUUGUUUCCUCUUUUCGCCGGUCGUGCGCACCCAGUAUGCCCAGCGAUAUCCCCAGAGCCCCGAACCGACCGUCCAAUGGAACGAUUUCAUCUACGCUCUCCACGGAUCCCUGAUCUGCUGCUGGAUCGGCAGCCAUUUCCCCUGCGCGCGGUUCUGGAACUUCAAGUCCAAGCCGCAGCGGGUAGGUGUCUCGACUCUCGUGGCCAUCUGGGGCUGCGUGGGGGUGGUCUCCCUGGCCGUUCUGUGGGCUCUAGUAUCGGCGUCGUGGGAAUGGAUUGACGUGGUAAGAGAGCGCACCCCGACUGAUGAAAUCACUACACUACUAACUGAGAUAUAUCACAUGGAGGUCUACGUGGUCGGCAUGAUCAAGGUGUUCCUAACGGCCGUCAAAUACACGCCCCAGGUGGUGAUGAAUUAUUGGCGGCAGUCGACGGCCGGGUUUUCCAUCGGGGCGAUCCUGCUGGAUCUGGCGGGCGCGGCGCUGUCGCUGAUGCAGCUGGUGCUGGACUCCUCGUUGCAGGCGGAUUGGUCAGGCACCGUCGGCAACGGAGCCAAACUCCUGUUGGGGAACAUCACCGUUCUAUUCGAUCUCAUCUUUAUCUUCCAGCAUUUUGGGCUGUAUCGCGAGCGGCCGGUGGGAAAGAAGCCGGGGCUAUCGGAGCACGAUCCUCUCCUGGAUAGGUAG